ACAUUUGGGCUCUUUUUACUGUCUCUCUUCUUGCAGAUUUAUCGAAGUGCGCCUCGUCCUCGAUCUCAUCAAUUGUCUUGUGAAGUCUCGGCGGAAUGACAGCAACAACCUAAAGGGAAAGUUUUAACCAAAAAAGAGUGCUCUCCUCGAUAGGUACCUAUCCACCACCCCUUAUCACGUGCACCUAUGGGUCAUCAGCAGGAUACUACCUGUAGGUUCAUAUGACGAGAUACAGUACCUAGGUACCAACAUGGGCACUAGAGUAUUAAUUUCCUCCUUACUUCAACGAAGUGCUUUUGAGUCUCUAUAAUCACUCAAUACGCCCAUUGUCGCGCACAAAGCCCAGCUCCUCGGGACAUGCGGGCCCAAAACGCAAAUCCGGCAAUACUGGGUCACCCUUUCGCUCUUCGGGCGUGAGGCAUGAAUCGGAACCAGUUCAAUAUGAGGCCCGGUGUGAACUCGGCAGCCUCGGGUCCUGGAUCCGGGAGAAAGCAGGAGCACCCGCUGCUUGAAGAUAGAGACCAUGACGUUGACCAUGGCUACGAAUCGCCUUACGACCAGGAAACUGUCGUGCCUCGCAGUCGGCUACCAUCUUUCCGAAGACCUUCGCCUCUUGCAUGCGCUGCUAUUUGUAGUCUAGCUUUCUUGUCUGUUCUCUUUGCUUUGAACACCACGUUUGUAAAAUGGAAACGGGCUGGGGGAGAAGUCCAUGACGACCCCAGUGCCGACCUUGAUGAUAUCAUGGGGGACUGGGGCCAGCCUGGCUCCGGAACCGAAGGGAUUGCUCGGUACCCUACGGACUACCUCAGGGAUAUCACGCCCAUUCCGUGUCAUUCUCACAAUGACUACUGGCGGCGCGUGCCUCUCUUCUCCGCCAUACAUGCCGGCUGCAUUGGAAUCGAAGCUGAUGUCUGGCUUUACGAUGAUGAACUCCUCAUCGGGCAUGACACGGCGGCACUGCAGCCGAACAGGACCUUUAGUUCACUUUACAUCGACCCUCUCGUUAAGCUUCUGGAAAGGCAAAACCCGUCCACCAAGUUCUACAACGGGAGUGGCAACGGCGUCUUUGACACAAGCCCAUAUCAGACGUUGGUGCUUUUGGUCGAUCUGAAAACGGCGGGCGAGGAGACGUGGCACGCCGUCGUUGAGCAGCUCGAACCUUUGCGAAGUCGAGGCUGGCUCACCUAUUUCGAGGACGGGAAGGUGCACAGGGGCCCCAUCACCGUCGUAGGAACGGGCAAUACUCCCUUCGGCCAAAUCGUGGCGAACUCGACUUCACGAGACUCAUUCUUUGACGCUCCUCUGGAUAAGCUCGAGGACGGUGAUUUUGACUCGACCAAUUCAUUCUACGCCAGUGUGUCGUUCAAAACCGCCAUUGGGAAACUCGAUCAUGGGCAGUUAAGUCCUGUCCAACUUGCCAAGAUUCGGAAGCAUGUCAAAGAGGCUCAUCAGAGAGGACUGAAGGCGCGGUACUGGGCUUUGCCAGAUUGGCCUAUCCAACUGAGGAACCAUGUUUGGGAGGUGCUAGUUCAGGAGGGUGUGGACAUUCUCAAUGUGGAUGAUCUAGUGGCCGCUGCCAUGCAAGAUUGGUCUGCAGCCAAGCUCCCGCGUUCUGAGGCCGACUGAGGGGUUUCUAAGAGGGGUUCCCCGUCCUGGGGUCUGGGCGCAUCGUCCCUUUCUCAGGCCCUUCCCUGGGGUAAGGCGAUGGCCUCUAAUUUAUCUUGUUUUGCUAGUCAGGCCAUCCAGCCGCAAGACUAAGUAAGCAUUUACGCGCCGUGGAGAAACGGCGCUGGCACAUGAUACGGCUUGCCUCAUGGUCGUGUGGGCUUGCCUCAUGGUCGUGUGGGCUUG